UCAGCCUGAGUGCGCUCUCACCACUGCUGCUCUCCAUCCAUCUGUCUCUAGCUUUUAUUCUCUCUUUCUCAAUCCGUCACUCCUCUGAUCUUUAUUCUUCCGCCUCUUCUCUUCACUUUCUUCCUGUUUCUUCUCUUCAUCUCUACCUCAGGGUCUUCCUCCUCUCUCCUCUUUCUGUAUCACAUCCACUCUUCCUCUCUCCACACGCUCUCUUGAGCCUGAGUGUGCAGCACCUGUGCAGACUGGAGUUUGUCGGGGGCCGAGGCAGAAGGUUUUUUCAAUUUUUUUUUGGUGUGUGUGUGUGUUGAACAGGGGAGGGAGGGGAGACAACACCCAGGAACACCUGACCAACAUUUCAUCAAGAUAUGUGGAGACUUAGGAACUGAUCUCCUCGUCCUGCUUUUGCCCAGCUGUUUGUUUAUCUGUUUUUUAUUGCAACACCUGGAAUGCUUAACGUGGACUGAUGGAUGUUUCCGAACUGUGCAUCCCUGACCCUCUCUGCUACCACAACCAGUUGCUAACCAGAAUGCCCUCUGAGGAUCGACAUUUAUCCUCGAGCUGUGGUUCUUACGUCAAAACCGAGCCUUCCAGCCCUUCCUCCUCACUAGUAGACACCGGCAGCCACCACAGUCCCAGCGGCAACUCUGACGCCAGCGGCGGCUACAUUAACGGCAGCAGCAGACACUCACACGCCUUGGACUCCCCGCCAAUGUUCAACCCUGGCAUGCUCGGAGGUGGCGCAGCCUGCCUACGCCGCUACGAGGACUGCUCCGGCGUUGUGGCGGACGACUCGCCAAUCAAGUGCGAGUACAUGCUUAAUGCCAUUCCCAAGAGGCUGUGCCUGGUGUGUGGCGACAUUGCCUCAGGGUACCACUACGGGGUGGCCUCCUGUGAGGCCUGCAAAGCCUUUUUCAAAAGGACGAUACAAGGGAAUAUUGAGUACAGCUGUCCGGCCACCAAUGAAUGUGAGAUCACCAAAAGGAGACGCAAGUCGUGUCAGGCCUGCCGCUUCAUGAAAUGUCUUAAAGUUGGCAUGUUGAAAGAAGGUGUGCGUCUGGACCGGGUGAGAGGGGGAAGACAGAAGUAUAAACGGAGGUUGGAUGCAGAGAACAGCGCCUACCUCGGUCUCACCAUCCCCCCUCCAGCCAAAAAGCCAUUGACAAAGAUCGUUUCCCAUCUGUUGGUGGUGGAGCCAGAGAAGAUCUAUGCCAUGCCUGACCCCACCAUGCCCGACGGAGACAUCAAGGCCCUGACCACGCUGUGCGACUUGGCCGACCGCGAACUGGUGGUCAUCAUCGGCUGGGCAAAACAUAUCCCAGGUUUUUCCACCCUCUCACUGGCAGACCAGAUGAGUCUUCUGCAGAGUGCCUGGAUGGAGAUCCUGGUGCUGAGCAUCGUGUUUCGCUCUCUGCCCUGCGAGGACGAGAUUGUGUACGCAGAGGACUACGUGAUAGACGAGGAGCAGGCGAGGAUCUCAGGCCUGUUGGACCUGCACGUUGCCAUCCUGCCGCUGGUGCGACGUUACAAGAAGCUGCGCAUGGAGAAGGAAGAGUUUGUCACGCUCAAAGCCAUCGCCCUCGCCAACUCAGACUCCAUGCACAUAGAGAAUAUUGAGGCCGUCCAAAGGCUCCAGGAUUCCCUCCACGAGGCUCUGCAGGACUUUGAGGGCUCCCAGCAUCCAGAGGACCCUCGGCGAGCAGGCAAGCUGCUAAUGACCCUGCCUCUGCUCCGUCAGACCGCCACCAAAGCUGUUCAGCACUUCUACAGCAUCAAAAUGCAGGGCAAAGUCCCCAUGCACAAACUAUUCCUCGAGAUGUUGGAGGCCAAGGCUUGACACCCGGGCCAGAUGUUUGACAGACAGCUGCAUCACCCAAUGGGAGGCGAGGGACAGCCCAUAAAAAAUGAAGGCGGCGUGCCAAUUGAAAGGAAGAAGCUUGGACUACUGAGUCAUUUUAACACUUUUAAAUGGUAAUUAAUGUAAAAGAGAAAGGGACUUGAGAUGGUUUUAAAUAGGGUGAAUAUCAACCUGAUUGACAUGGGAUCAUGAUGAUGUAUAUAAAGAUGUUGUGUACAGAAAUCAGGCAACUGAGGUCUUGUUAUAACCAGAGACCCAUUGCUCUAUAUCACCUGAAGCUUCUGUGAAUUUCUUUCUUAUCUUAUUUUCAUCUCAAAAUGGAAGUGUGUCAAUAUAAAUGUCCUAAAGAACUGUACGGCUACGUAGCCACAUUAUGUGUUUUUGUUUCUUUUCUUUAAUAUUUUCUAAUCUGAGUUGUUAAAGCAAUAGUCUCUAACUGGUCUACAUAUAAUAUGUGUACUGUAUAUUGUGUGAAAUUGCACUGGGCGGGGGCGGGGGGGGAGAAUUGUUAGACAUAUUCUUAUAUUCGUCAUCAAAGAAAGCGAUACCCUUCAUGGGUAUGUAAGAUUCUCAAUUUCCUCGUAAUAUAUUUACCUCGUAGUAGCUUCAUCGACUCAGCGGUUUUAGUCAACAUGGUGCUUACAGAAGGACAAUGGUUGGCCAGUGAUCAAGUUCACAAAGAGUUUGCACUAAGCAUCUAUGAAAAACGCGGCAAUAAUGGGUAUUGUGCUAGCGAGCUCUGUCUGGUAGCAUCUCAGUCAGUGGUUUUUUGCUUAUAGUUACUAAAUCCCCUCCUCACUUCUCUCUGUGUUCAGUGUCAUACACAAAUUUUGGCAACUAAGCAUACUGUGAAAAAUACACAUGAUAAGCUAUAUUCUGUGCUGAGAAUUUUUAUCGUAAACUGUACGGCUUGUUUAAAAAAAGGUUUAUUCUAUUUAAAUCUAGGUAAAGGACACAAUAACAGCAGGAUCUAUACAGUUUAAUGCAAUCUAAUCUGCUCUUUAAUGCAACCUGAUAGCCCUGCAAUAAAUACUACCUAAUGUUCAGUUUGUUUCAGAUUUGUGCUGAUUCAACUCUCUGGUCAUUUUUGAGUCUAUAGUUUGUGAUGGUGCUGUAUUAGAUUGCAUUAUGUUGUAUAGGUUUUGCUUUUUUCUUGUGUUUAGGUUGUAUUCUCAAACAACAAGUGUCACUAUAUUUAUAGCAUUAGUCCCACAGUUAAUCCUUCGUUUUUUGGUCAUAUGUGAUACCAAAGUCUGCAUGCUAGUCUCACACAUUUAAACACAGGUUAAAUAUUGAGGCUCUGAGAGAGGAAUCUCUGAUAUGUUUACUCUGCUGUCCCUGAUCCCUGAGGGACAGCAGAUCAUCAAGGGACAUCAAGAUAAACAUAGAAAGAAAAAUACAUUCUGAUUUCCUCUUUCAAAAGUGAGACAAUAAAAGCCUCAUGUCUUCAUGUGUGGCUGUGGCAAUAUUGGGCAUCAUUUCACUCCUUUUAGUACAAUUGCCACAUUUGAAACAACUUUUCCAAACUAUGUCAGCAAGGCCAAACCUCAUCUGUACCUAAUAAGGUGACCACUGAUAGUACAUUAACAGCCAAUAGAGAUGUUUUUACAUCUAAGUACAUAAAACUGCCACAGCUGAAACUUGAUCCUUUGUGAUGUGAGUUAAAAAUAAUAGUUGUGUUUUUUUAACUGAAGGUUUUAAGCCCCCUCUUGGCAGCAUUUUAAAACAGUUUGGAUGUAACACUAUCACAGAUUACUAGAAGUUUAAAUAUUUAUGUGCAAAAAUAUAAUGACACUUGUGUUUCUGAGGAUAAUUUGAAUUACCCUCUGAAUUGAAACUUAACAAUAAUAACAGAUGUCUCACUGAUGUUCUGUUUUUUAGACAAAGGUUUUUGCUUGUCUUUAAUGAAGGUGCUAACCAUUCAUACUGGCACUGUAUGUACAUUUCUACAAACUCACUGAGGUGCACAAACUUAAGUUAAUAAAUCUGUAUAUUCCAGAAAUGAUAGCAGACUUUUAUAGCGUAUUAUCUAUCAAUUGUAAACCAGUUGCCAAAUUAUUCAAAGAAAGCAAUCAGAAUAAUGUGAUACAGUUAUCAACAUGUUAUAAUAAGAUCAAAAUAAUACAAUAAUAGAUUAAUCAGCUGCUCUUAGGGCUUUAGUGAGACAGAUAUUGUCCCUUAUGAACACUUUAAAGCAGCAUUGUCUUUAAAGUGUUAAGUGCCAUUAGCUUCUGCCCAAACAAGAAGAAAACAUAAAGCCAAGUGACCAGUAACUACAGACAUAGGCCAGUUUCAUUCACCCCACAGGAACAGACGCUAUGGAUUCACUGCAAUGUAAUGCAUAGAUAAUUAUAACCCAAUACAGUAGAGAAUACAACUCCCAUGAUGCAAUUCCCUAAAUGUGUUAUGUGUAACCAGCUAAGUUGAAGUGAGGGAUGUAUUGCCUCUGUACAGUAGUAAACCAAAGCGUAGAGUCUUCAAAUACUUUAAAGUGAAACACUGAUAAAAUUGCAUUUUGAGCCAGCCAGUGACGUUUUUUCCAGUAUAUUAUUAAUGCUAGUUCAGCCAUUCGUUUUUGAGCAUCCUCUUUACGAUGGUGGUGAUAACAGGAUGCAAACCUUUUUAUCUUUUUUGUUCAGUCAAUACAUGCAUUGAUUAAACAUCAGUCUCUUUGUCGAUAUGUGAAGUCUCACUCUGUAGCCUAACUAAGAGAUGGAACUACCAUAAAAAAAGUGAUGUCUUUCAUAUUUUGAUGGUUAAAGGAGAGCGUUUCACUUGACCAAACAAGCUGACCCCCUCUCCUCUGACCAGAGUUCCCUCACAUACCUCCUCUGUCCACUUUGAAGACUGAGCGAUAGCAGAUAAUUGUUUCCUAACUUUCCCUUCUUCUCAAAUUAAUAUAAGAAAAUAAAAGAAAAAUGCUUAAUUUAUUUUCAGAGUUCUAAAAUGGUUCUACUGCAUCCAAUUAAUUCUAAUUGUCUCCUAAGCUGAAAUUCUCAAUAGAAAUGGAGCAAUUAAAUUUCUGCUUUGGCUCUACCUUGGGGACGAGAGACAUUUUAUUUCGGUUGACAGUGGGGAGGGUUUGUCUAAACCUUUACAAAGGCGAUUUCAUGGGUGUCUGUAAUAGUUUCAUAACAGAGCGAUCACUGGGCUAUGCAAGGCAAAUAUGGCCACCUAUGUUCCUUGUUUUGUGGAGCAUCAGACUGACAUUUAGUUGUGCUUUGUUUACAAUGUGGACAAACUGUACAGUGCUGUACACUGCAAAUGUAUUGUGCAUAUUUCACCGUACUAUACUGUAGCUGCUGUGCAUUGAUAUAACUAUGAUCAUUUGUUUAAUUUCUCAUGAUGUAUUAGCAACCCACCCGAAUAGCUGUAUAAUAUAAAUCACUGUAUUGAGUCAAGUGAGAAUAUGUCCUUAUAUUUGGUCCAAGGUGGGAUAUUCUCUUAUUUUCUUUUCUGUGUCUUUGUGUCUCUCAAUGUUCAUCGAUUUUGGUUAUCAGCACAGCAGGACGUAUAGCGAGUGAAGUAGUCUAGACCCUAUACCUCAAUUCCAUAUUUUGAAAAUUACACUGGGUUUGGAAACGGGCCAUGGCUUCCUCCUGGGAAUCAGUGGCACAGAAAUAAAGUGACAUCACUGACUGGGUAUUAAAAAAAAUGUAGAUGAACCUACUGCAAUUGGGGAGCACAUUCCUCGGAGGAGAAAGCUGCUUAUUCGCUGUUCCAUUUGCGGACUUAUCUUAUCUCCGUGCACUCUGAGAUGACAAGAUUUACAUAAAACAUGGAGGAACCUCCCUGGCCGUUCUAGUCCGCGGUGUAUAAAGGACCCUGCUAGGUGUAUGUACCGUAGACAUGUGAUUACCCAAGAGGUUUACUCCCCUCAAAAGCAAUAUGUUAGCAAUUGUGAUAUAUGAAUCAAGUUAAAAGGGAGCUUUGGUUCGUUUUAAUUAUAAACUUACCCUAUGCUCGGAAAAAGGAGAGGGUGACUAUGCACACACACGUUCACAGUCCUGGUGAGGCAAAGGGAAAAAAUGUGAAAAUGUUUGAACUGAGAAGCGAAAAAGCCAACCACAGCUGACUUUCACUGGACUGUUAUUGUGUGGCAUUUUCUUGUGUUUUGUUUGUUGUGUUCAUGCCUAAUGUACCCAUCUGUAAAUAUAUGCUUUUUUUUGGAGUGAGUCAGAUCUAACAGUGCACUGAAUGUACAGUGACAAUAAAAUCACAUGGUUUAUGUAA